AUGAAUGAACUCUGGCAGCCUGACGUCAGUGGGAUGGGGAACUGUAUGUGUGUCAGCGGAACAAACACUGAGCUGCAUACCUUCCGCCUGCAGUCCGUGAUGUCGCAGCAGUGCCGGAGAUGCUGCUGCCCAGAUAGUGCACUUAGUCAAUGGGAUAGGUGUCGACAGUGUCGUGCAGUGCAGCCUGCCAGAUUACAUCACAUCACAGCGGGUUUUAUACCUGUCCUGCACACAUAUAAGAGUGAGAACACUUUGUGUUCCGAGAGCAGGAGGACCUGGGACCUGUCAUCCUGCCUUAGCGCAAUACGUCGGCGAGCAGAGAACAUCAAGACGUUCUGGUUCGGAUCCGAGUAUGUGUCAAAGUGCGGGGACAAGUCCGAGUUCAGCGUCGACUGCUACAACCCAAAACCCUACUCCGAGGAUAGUGUAGUCUCCAGAAUAUUCCAGCGCGGAGACUACGACAAGAAGAACCUGGACAGGUUUAUGGAGAUCACAUUCAUCGCUCAGCCAGGCAAGUACGAAGCGUGUGGCAACGAGUUCAGCUCUCUGCACUCCAAGCUGAUCUCCGUCGACCCCCUGUCCAACCAGGUCCACACCCCUUAUGAGCUGAAGGACAUGCCCUACCUCUGGUGGGAGUCGGAGGAGAAAGACAUGUUCUCCCUCAUCAUCCUCGACCCCGGCUACCUCAACAUAAAGGGUUUCUUCAUCAACAUCAGGGGCUCCAACGUCACGACGGGAGAGGCAAUCCAGGUGUAUGAGGGACCACAGAACCCCACGAAGAAUGUCAACCCGUACGUGUUCCUGCUGUUCAAGCAGAAGGCCUACAUCAAGAUGCCAGUCAUCUGGAGGCAGAAGUUCUUUCACAGGUCCAGCCCCAUUGACUUCAGGGAGCUCGCACAGCAGUUCUCUCUCACAGGUCCGGUGGCGAUGUCGUGGGUGCGAGUUGUUGGAGACCCCUACGCUGCAGACAUCAUGAAGAAGAAGGGCUACAUGAACACAUGUCCACAGUUUAUUUACGAAGCGUUCAAGACGAAGGAGACGCCGUUCAUCCCCCGCGAGAAGAAAUACCGUCCGGACAUGAAUGUAUAUGUGAACGUCACCUUCCAGUCGCCCGCCGUCAACUUCAACUCCUGCUGCUCCUUCUUCACAUUGCCACAAAAAACAAUCUCUCUCAAUCCAAUAGGAAAUGCCAAAGUGAAAGCUGCGUUCGCACGGCAAGAAGUUAUUCCAAAAGUUGAACUCUCCAUGGCAACAGCAUUCCCCAGCGCCACGCGGGACUUCCGGGACAAACUCCUCACACUGAUCGUGGUCGACCCCGAUGUUCCACUUCCGGAAUUCGGCAGCAAAGAAAUCCCGUUCGUUCAUUGGUUGGUUGUGAAUAUCUGUGACGGUCAGGUUGAUAACGGCGAGGUAGUCCAGAGUUACAUCGGGCCGGCUCCUCCUGACAAGAAGCCCCACAACUACUACUUCCUGGUGUUCGAGCAGGGCUACGAGCUGGAGCCGUCAGAGGUCUCGUCCUACGCCGCGGCUAACUGCUCCAAGAUGUUCAGGGGCAGGUGCCGAUACUCUCUGACUUCUCUGGUAAAAACACAUAACCUCAAGUUGGUCGGAGCAACAUGGAUGCUUUCAGAAAACGACGAAUUUGUUCGUCAUAUUUAUAUAGGCAUGGGACAGCCUCGUUGUCGGGUGUGCAAGGACGUCCCCGGCUAUGGAAUUCCCUGUCCUUCUUCAGAACAAUGGACAAGCUGGAAGAGCAAAUGGUUGAGACGGAACCGGAAAUAGAUACAUGUUUGCACAUGCGUAAGGGCGUGGAAGCACCGAGUGACAGUUGAACGAAAAAUAGCUAAUGUCGAGUGACAAAAGAGCAUUGUACGCCAAUAACGUUCUCUUACAAUGAUCCACAGUCACACUGUAUGCCAGGAACGUUCUCAUACAGUGAUUUGCAGACACACUGUACGUCAAGAAAGUUCUCUUACAGUGAUCCACAGUCACACUCUAAGCCAGGAACGUUCUCUUACAGUGAUCCACAGUCACACUGUACAUCAAGAACGUUCUCUUACAGGGAUCCACAGUCACACUGUACGUCAAGAAAGUUCUCUUACAGUGAUCCACAGCCACACUCUAAGCCAGGAACGUUCUCUUACAGUGAUCCACAGUCACACUGUACAUCAAGAACGUUCUCUUACAGGGAUCCACAGUCACAUUGUACGUCAAGAACGUUCUCUUACAGGGAUCCACAGUCACACUGUACGUCAAGAACGUUCUCUUACAGGGAUCCACAGUCACACUGUACGUCAAGAAUGUCAGUGAUGUCAGGUAUAAUCAUUGAAAUCAUCAAUAACAUGGUAGAAGUGUAUUGCCGCAAGGCACCAGGCAACAACAAACAGCUACUACUACCCGUAGGGCAUAUCAUGUUUAACCUUAUUACAAGGUGUUGUCACGAGCACCUGGUGUCAUCAAGGAUUCAUUGGUGUACUCAGUGUUUAGCGGAAUCUCUUCGUAUGAUAAUCGAAAAAUCGUUUGGUUUUUUUCCCAUUUUUGUUCUUUCGGCGGUGUCUAAUUGAAGAACAAUGAGCUCUUCGUUUCCGAUUGAUGAACUGAUGGUUUUAAUUAUUUUAGUAUUUCAUGAAAGCAUGUUAUAUUUAAUCAUUUUUCUCUUGCCAUCUCUGGAUGAAUGCGAUUCACCCUUCUCGCUUAUCUCAUCACCAUCUCAUGUACAUAGUACCUCAUCCACAUGUGAAUAUUGUAAAUACUAAUAAUAUAUUAUUGUUGAACAUAAUUAAUAAAAUUAUUUAUUAUAAUGAAA